AUGCUAUCAUCUACCAGAUCCGCUGCUCCCCGCGCUCUGCGCUGCAGGUCAAUCCAGACCUGCAGACAAGGGCCACGACACGUCCGUCUUCAAUCCACCUCGGCGUCAUCUUCAACCUCGUCCGCCUCACAAUCUCAUCUCGCGACUGGCGUCGCGGGAGGUGUCGUCGGCGCCCUUCUCUUCUACGGCAUCUACAGCUUCACCCCCGCCGGCCGCACUGCCAGCACCAUCAACAAGGCCGCCGUCGAGGCCAACAAGCAGUACAAGGCCGCGGCUGCCAAGCUGCAGCAGGCCACCCCCGAGCCCGACCAGGCCAUCAGCUACAUCAAGGACCUCGCCUACUCGUACGUCGGCUGGGUCCCCGGCGGCCGCGGCUUCGUCGAUGCUGCCUUCAAGGACGUCGAGGUCGUGCGCGAGAAGCACAAGGACGAGGUCAACAACAUCAUCGCCGACGGCUACCGCCAGUUCCAGGAGCUGUCCAAGGCCGGCUUGAGCAUGCAGACGGCGACCCGGGCCUACGAGACGCUCGCCGACCUGGCCAAGAAGCUUGCUGACCUCUCCAACGACGCCUUGUCGGACAUUGUCGACAACCACCCACAGGUCAAGGAAAAGCUCGGCGGCAACUUGGACAAGCUCAAGGCGCUCGGCGAGGAGUACGGCCCGGACGCCAAGAAGCAGGUCGACGAGACGUGGCAUCAGGUCAAGGACGUCUUCGCCGGCGGCCUCAGCGCGGCCAACGUCGCCAAGGCCAAGACGCUCAUCGACGACAAGGUCGGCCAGCUGCAGAAGCUCGGCGACGAGGCCUGGAGCAAGGGCCUCGACGCCGCCAAGCCGUACCUCGACAAGAACCCCAAGGCCAAGGAGCUCAUCGAGCGCAACGCCGACGCUCUCAAGCAGGGCAACGUCAAGGAGCUGUUUGACAAGGCCCGGGCGGCCGUCGACUCGGGCGACCUGGGUGACUUGGAAAAGUACGUCAAGGGCGCGGCGGACAGGGCCGCGUCCAAGGGGAAAGAGGUGGCCGGUGAUUGGGGGCUGGACAAGUACCUGAAGGCCCUGCCCGACGGGGGCGAGGUGUUGUCGAAGUUGCAGCAGAUUAGUAAGGUGGCGGGCGAGCACAGGAAGGACGGCGAGAAGCUGUUGAGCGAGACGGUGGAGGAGCUCAAGAAGGUGCUGGAGAAGAAGGCAAGCGAGGCGCAGGAUCUCGUCGACUCUGCCGAGAAGGAAGCCAGCAGUGACAGCAAGGAUGGCAAGGAGAGUAAUGAUGACAAGAAGGGCUCAGAGGGAAAGGGGAGCAAGGAUGGCAAGGACAGCGGCAAGGGUGCUGAGAAGGAAAGCAAAGAUGGCAAGAAAAAGUAA